ACAGAAAACUCUCCUAGUGACUCCAACCAAGCAUCGUGUAUAAAACCAUGAUGCACUCCAGCAGGAAUCAGAUCAGUCGCUUCUUCAGAACGACCAAGAUGAAGGUGGCUUUAGUAAUCUUCGCCGUUUUGGCUUGCGGUCUGGCUCUGCCAAAAUACCAGGCCAACGAGCAAAAUCAUGGUAUCAAACAGCAACACGUGUACGACGUUCUGAAAUACAUCAAUAAUCCUCUCUACCACAAGGAAUUCCUUCAGAUUGCCCAAAGCUUCGACGUUAAAUCCAACGCUGAGCACUACAAGAAUGAAGCCUAUGAGAACUUCUUGGAGUUCUACAACCACGACGGUUUCUUGAACAAAGGAGAAAUCUUCUCCAUCUUCAACCAUGAACACAUGCAACAAGCUAAGGCUUUGGUUAAACUGUUUUAUUACGCCGACAGUUACCAAAUAUUCCACUAUACCGCACUUUGGGCGCGUCACCACUUGAACGAAGGCCUCUUCUUGUAUUCCUACAGCGUUGCUGUAGCCCACAGACCCGACACUCAAGAUCUGGUACUACCACCCAUCUACGAACUAUACCCACAUUUCUUCUUCAACUCGGAGGUCCUGCAAAAGGCGUACCAACUGAAGAUGGCACACUACGACCAAGGGAAACAACAGUCACACUACACCAUCCACGCCAAUUACUCCGGAUUCUACCUGAAUCUCGAUCCAGAGCAGUCCUUGUCUUAUUAUCUCGAAGAUGUGGGUCUUAACGCCUUCUACUUCUACUACAACGUGUACUUCCCCUACUGGAUGAGAUCUGAUGAAUUCCACUUGAACCAGAAGCGCGGUGAACUGUUCUAUUUCAUCCACAAGCAACUGUACGCAAGAUACCACUUGGAACGUGUGUCCCACGGGCUUGGAGACGUUGAGUUCUUCAACUGGGAUCUUCCCUUCAAGACCGGAUACUACCCAUCUCUAACCUACCCCAACGGGCUGUCUUUCCCGGAGAGACCAAACUUUGCCAACCUCAAAGAGUACUUGCACUACUACGGUCAAAGGCUCUGCGACAGAAGCCAAUCCGCUCUGGACUACACCUACGUUCAAACUUACGAACAGAGAAUCAGAGAGGCUAUCGACAGUGGUUUCGUUCAAGACCAUGACGGUAACAAACACCAGCUCUACUCCGAAGAAGGCAUCAAUAUCCUGGGUAACAUAAUCGAAGGUAACGCAGACUCCCCCAACCAUCAGUACUAUGGAAGUUUCGUCAACAUCGCCCGUCAUCUUCUUGGUUACUCCAAACACCCCUUGAACCAUCACAAGCUCGCUCCUUCGGCUCUGGAACAUUACUCCACCUCCAUGAGGGACCCGGCCUUCUACCAAAUCUUCAAGAAAGUCUUCCUCCUGAUCGACCAAUUCAAGCAGAACCUUCCCCACUACCACCAGAAGCACCUGUACCAAACCGGCCUCAAGAUCGAAAACGUGGAAUUCGAUAAGUUGAUCACCUAUUACGAUAACUUCUACUCCGACAUCACCAACGGUCUCUUCGUGACGCCUGAGGAAUACGAACGGGAUUCUUUCAAGGUUAAAGUGCACCAGUACCGUCUCAACCACAAGAACUUCAACUAUAAGGUCCACGUCAAGGCUGACAAAGCGACCAAGGCCGCUGUGAGAGUUUUCAUCGGCCCCAAAUACGACGAACAUGGACGCACGAUGAAACUGAGCGAGAUCCACGACAAGAUCUUCCAAAUAGACCACUUCGCCCACGAUCUUAAGGCUGGAGACAACGUCAUCACCAGGAACUCCGCCGAUUCUCGCUGGUUCAUCGGCGAUUUACCGAGCUUCUUCGAAAGAUACCACGGUGUCGCUAAAGAUGAACAUUCUGGAUCCCAGACUGGAUGGCCCCUAAGAUUCAAGUUACCACGAGGAAGGGAAGAAGGUUUAUCGUUCCAAGUAUACGUCAUAGUAUACCCAUACGUCCCAAGCCAAAAGGUAGAACAACAACACGGAGUCGAAGCUCUCGAAAACGACAUUCAAGGUGAUAGUUUUCCUUUGGGCUACCCAUUCGAUCGUCCAACUGCGCACGAAGACGUCUACGAAGUACCAAACGCUUACGUUAAAGAUGUCAAGAUCUACCACCAGGUAAAUAAAGACAUCUUGCAUGGAAACGACUUCUCUAUCGAACAUGGUGACCAGGAUGACGACGUUAUGGUAUUCCAGCGCGGAGAUCACAACAACUACAACAGGUACCACUACCAAGUGGGACAAGACGAUGACCAACAAAAAGAUGAGGUAGACGACGUGAAAACCAAACACUACCAGACUUACGGGUUCAGGAGUUUCUUCCACGAUCUUACCAAGAAAUAUCCUGGAUUAUUCACCACACAGGUUAACGCUCCGGGCUAUAAGAACUACCAAGAGUCGAAGUACCAAGGAUUGAAGACUGGCAAAUAUGAUGAUGAUCAGUACCACGGUGACAGUAAACUCCAGUACAAAAAACAAGAUGGAUUAGGUGAAGACCAUGGUUACGACUACUACAAGAAGCACGACGAUGACAAAUACUACGGAAAGUACCAAGAAGGCACUUUUACGACUGAUGACUACCAAGAUAAACCUAAUUACCCAAGCCACUUGGCUUUCGGAAACGACGAGCAGAUUGGAAAAUACCAAAAACACGGUGUAUACGGUGAUAUCGAAGAUAACGAGUACCCUCAGAAAUAUGGAUAUGGCGAUGACCAAUUUUAUGGCAAAUACCUGAACACUGGAGCAUAUGGCAGGACGUAUGGAACCAAGUACACUCCACACCAAGUGGAAGACCAGGUGAAAUAUGGGUAUGGUGAUAACUACAAAACUGCCAAGUACCAAUAUGGCAGCGUGGAACAUCAUGAGCCUCUGUACCAUCAUUAUUCCUGUAUCCAUGGUCCGUACACAACAAAAAUACAGUAUAAAAUGAGUCUGCUAUCGACAGCAUCGUUGCAUUCUAGCCGUUUGUUUCUUACAGCGCGAGAGGCAAGCAUGAGAGGUGCAUCGGCCAUUUUGGGUUUCGUGGCUUGCGCCGCGGCCUUCCAAUACCCGCAGGGUGCGAGCUACCCUAACAACCUGUUGGGCGGCAUCUACAACCGCUUCCACGGGCCUUACAGCACCCAGUUCUACCAGAACAGGUACGGUCAAGGGGCGGCGGGUCGGGACUAUCAGAAGGGCAGCAUCUACGACCAACUGUCGGACUCUGAGGAAUACAGCCCUAUCAGUAACACAUACGGGGGUCAGAACGAGAACCAAGAACUUUAUGAGGCGUAUAGGGGCCUCUACAAUAAGUAUUCCAACAGUGUAUACAACAAAUACUUGAAUAAGUUUUACAACUACCUGAACACAGUACAAAGAAACUACACGACGGAUGUAGACGAGCAGAACGGGAAAGGACCAGUGAAGAACAUGGACAGCGAGAUGGUGAAAAAACAACAGCACGUCUACCAACUGGUCAGAUUCAUCAAUAACCCAGUGUACGAUGAGGAAUUCCAAAAGGUCUACAACACCUUCAGCUUCGAGAAAUAUGCUGACAACUACGAGACUGAAGCCUACGAGAGAUUCCUACACCUGUGGAGAAACCAGGCAUACCUCCCAAAAGGCUCAAUCUUCUCUGUGACGAACGACGCACACGUGAAGCAGGUCCAGGCUCUGUUCGACCUGUUGCGUUCCGCCAAAGACUACGAGACCUUCUAUAAAACGUCCGUGUGGGCUCGCCAACACAUAAACGAGGGCAUGUUCCUGUACACGUACUCCGUAGCCCUCGUCCAUAGGAAAGACACCCAAGGUCUCGCCCUACCGGCCAUCUACGAGCUCUAUCCCCAGUAUUUCUUCAACUCCGAGGUCAUGCAGAAGGCGUACAAACACAAAAUGGCGCAUUUCGGUGGGUUGAACAGUGGCAGAUCCGGCAUUUACACCAUACGUUCCGACUACUCCGGCAACUACCUGAACCUGAACCCCGAGCAGAGCCUUUCGUAUUUCACGGAAGACGUGGGUAUCAACGCUUUCUACUACUACUACAACCUCUACUUCCCCUACUGGAUGAACUCUGAGAAAUACCAAUUAGACGAGAAACGCGGUGAACUCUUCUACUACGUGCAUCAUCAGCUCUUGGCCAGGUACUACUUGGAGCGUCUAUCUCAUGGUAUCGGAGGCUUCGAGUUCUUCAACUGGGACGUACCCUUCGAAACCGGGUACUACCCAUCGUUGACCUACCCCAACGGCUUGGCCUUCAACGAAAGACCGAACUUCGCGAAUCUGCAAGAGUACUUCCACAACUACGGGCAACGUUGGUGCUUCGUUGGUAAAUAUGGUUAUGGAUACACUUACGUCAAUACUUACGAGCAGAGGAUUCGAGAAGCUAUUGACCUAGGGUACGCUUACACUAAAGAUGGCAAUAAAGUAAACCUCUACACUCCCGAAGGUCUGAACAUCCUAGCCAACCUGAUCGAGGGUAACGCAGACUCCCCCAGCUACAGAUACUACGGUAGCUAUGUGAAUUUCGCCCGUCAUCUUCUGGGCUACUCCAAACAACCCAUGGACGACGAGUCUCUGGCCCCCUCAGCUCUGGAACACUUCGAGACCUCGCUGAGAGACCCCGCCUUCUACCAGCUCUCCAAGAAGAUGCUACUGCUCUUCCAGAAGUACAAGGUCAAUCUGCCCGAAUACACCGAGAAGGAUCUGCAUUUCCCUGGCGUCAAGGUGGAGAGGUUCGAGAUAGAACCCUUGGUGACCUUCUACGCCAAGUUCUACACCGACAUAACCAACGGCCUCACGGUAACUCCUGAGGAAUACCAGUCGGAUUCUACCUUCAGGAUACGGGUGCAGCAGUACCGGUUGGACCACAAGCGCUUCAAUUACAGGGUCUACGUGAACUCCGACAAGGUUGAAAAGGCUAACGUUAGGGUGUUCCUAGGACCCAAAUACGAUGAGCGUGGUCGCGGCAUCGAUUUCGUGGAGAACCGCAACAACUUCGUCGAGCUGGAUCAGUUCAUCUACAACCUCAAAACGGGGGAGAACGUUAUAGUGAGGAACUCCGAGGAUUUCUUGUGGUUUGGAAGCGACAAGACUAGCUACUUGGACCUGUACAAACAUGCCAUGAACAAGGACUUCGACAAAGUCUACAAGGUGGAUGACUUCAUGAACGGCUUCCCAAGAAGAUAUAUGUUGCCGAGAGGUUCAGCAGAUGGUACAACUUACCAGAUGUACGUCAUUGUAUCCCCCUACAAACCGUAUGAAAGCGAACAAACCCAAACCUACUAUCAAACCAAAUACAACCAAGAGACUGUCUUCACUGCCAAACAAAGUGAUAACGAAGAAGUUUACGACAAGAUGGACCAAUACAAGAUGGUAAGAAUGGACAGCUAUCCACUGGGAUAUCCCUUCGACCGUCCAGCGGAAUUCCAACAGACCUACUUCGUACCAAACGCUAAAAUGGUGGAUGUGAAAGUUUACCAUCAGGUCCUCAGAAAAGAUAACAUUGAGACUGAAGAAUACUUUGAAGAGAAGCCUAGAUUUUUCAUGUAAAUUCUUUUAAAAUUAAAUAUAUGUAAUAUGUAUUAAGAAAAAUAAGGAGGAAGGACGAUAUUAACUCAAACUUAAUUAAAAAUAUAUUUCAAAGAAAAUAAUAACAAA